AGUACUCCACAGUGCACCGAAUCAAAUCCGAAACUGCUGGAGCAAGUAAUCGGUUCGGUUGGAAGAAAAAAGAAACGGCUUAUGAUAUACUAGUUUCUUAUUGACCGAAGAGGGAAGAAGACUUUAGACCUUACCUUCUUACACUUUCUCCGCUUUGCUUCUCUCAAAACAAUCUCCAGAUCCAAAUUCAAUCUUACUAUUAUCGUUGAAGAGAUUUGAAUAGAUGGAGUCAUCGUCGACGAGUCAACCUGAGUUUGACUACUUGUUUAAGUUGUUAUUGAUAGGGGAUUCGGGUGUGGGGAAGAGCACCUUGCUCUUGAGUUUCACUUCCGAUACCUUCGAGGACCUCUCUCCUACCAUCGGGGUGGAUUUUAAGGUGAAACACGUCACUCUUGGAGGUAAAAAGCUGAAGCUCGCGAUUUGGGACACUGCUGGACAGGAAAGAUUUAGAACACUAACUAGUUCAUAUUACAGAGGAGCACAAGGGAUAAUAAUGGUGUACGAUGUGACACGGCGAGACACAUUCACAAAUCUUUCUGACAUAUGGGCUAAAGAAAUUGAUCUGUACUCAACAAAUCAGGACUGCAUCAAGAUGCUUGUUGGCAAUAAAGUUGAUAAGGAAAGUGAAAGAGUUGUCAGCAAAAAAGAGGGCAUUGACUUUGCUAGGGAAUAUGGAUGCCUUUACAUUGAGUGUAGUGCAAAAACGCAAGUCAACGUGGAACAAUGCUUUGAGGAGCUUGUCUUAAAGAUAUUGGAAACACCAAGUCUCUUGGCUGAGGGUUCAUCUGGAGUGAAAAAGAACAUCUUUAAACAGAAUCCUCCUCAAAAUGGUGCUUCAGCCAGUAGUUGUUGCUCAUAGUGAUCUAUCAUUAACAUGAUGCAACUCUCUUCAGGUUGCAGUUUGUUUCCUUUAUAGCUUUACCAUGUUAAUUUUGGCUUGUUCAUGUGGGGUCAGUCUUUGACCAUGAACUGUGCAUUAAUCUUGAAUAUCUAGUAUUGAAAGUGAUGAUGUUCCUGCUAAUAUCUUUUUCUCCUGUU